GCGUAUUCACUCCAACCAUCCUACUGGACGUGUCAAGCACUUGCUUUUAUCCCGUGAUAAAUCAUUGUUCGUUGGAGAUGGAGGUGACUGCGAUAUUACAAAAUUAUACCACCUUCCCUAUUCCGUCGAUCUGUAAGUAGAACGGACUUACCUGGUAGAGCGAACUCCGUAGCAGCCAUUUCAUCGUCCAGGUCAUGGAAAACUAUUUAAGGAAGCUGAUCCUUAUUGUUUGCGGCUUACCUUUCCUCAUCUGGUACCCCCUCUAUUGGCACUAUCAGCAACAGUCGUUGGAGCUCAAUUCGCUGCUGCCUGAGAGGGAAAUAGUCUGCACCACUGUAUUAUCCGCCCGGUCACAGCCAUGUCCUCACCCUGACAAGAAUCCAAACUUACGUGGUCAACUCAAUGUCGAUGAGGAAACCGCACUGCCUUGGGCGACGCUGCAUCAAAAGCACAAUGCUCAGGUGGCUAAUCGGACAGGAGGCGAAAAUUUCUACUCCGCACUCUGCAACACCGGACUCAACGCUUCACAAAACCUACCCCCUAUGUGGUCCCCGGCGGAGUGUCAGCCUGACCAAACAGUGGCUAUCAUUAUCCCGUAUCGGAAUCGUGAGAUACAUUUACGGUUGCUUGUGGAUCACAUCACUCCGAUGCUACGCCGCCAGCUCACCAAGUACACCAUGUUUGUGAUUGAACAGGUUGGUGAAACGCGCUUCAAUCGGGCAGCGUUGUUCAAUGUUGCCUUUAUCCAAUCCAACAAGAUGGCCGACUUCGACUGCUUCAUCUUUCAUGAUGUUGACUUGCUCCCAAUGCAAGACAAUCUGCCAUAUCGCUGCAAGCAAAGUGGACCUGUUCACCUCUCAGCAGCAAUGAACAAAUUUGCCUUUAGGCUUCCUUAUUUGAGCUUCUUCGGUGGGGUGGUUGCGGUGACCAAGAAACAAUUCCUCAACAUCAAUGGGUUCAGCAACUGCUUUUUCGGUUGGGGAGGCGAAGAUGACGAUAUGUUCUACCGGUUUCGGCACAAAGGAUAUUCGAUAUUUCGACAUCCGCAAGAGUUAUCACGAUAUCACAUGCAUUGGCAUCAGCAAAGUGAAAUAAACGACCACAGGAUGAAGGUGCUAGAGAAGUCACCGACACGUUUCAACUCAGACGGUUACUUGCAAACCAAGUACACAGUCACUUCCGCUAACACGAUGCAUGCUGGAUUAAUUCAUUGGAUUUCAGUGGACUUGGAUGAGCAACUUAUGGUUAGUUCUUCGACGAAUUGA